AUGGCUAGAGUAAGAUCCAUGGCUGGCUCAGUUCGGGAGGGUGAACUGAGAAGAUCGGCGGAUCACAUUGCUAUCUUGAGCGGCCGACAAACUCUGGAGCUGACGGAGAUGGGAUCACCUGGUUUGGAGACAGCCACUAGACAAGGGCGGCAGAGGUGGCAGCGCCCCCAUCAAGGCAUGCUGAAGAUGAACGUCGAUGGCUCUUUCAAAUGUCAAGAUGCAUGUGGAGGCUGGGGAUAUGUGAUUAGAGAUGAUCUGGGAGCUAUCAUCCAAUCAGGCUGGGGUCGUAAAGACUUCGCCUGCAGUCCGUUACAUAUGGAGCUUUUGGCGUGUCUUCAGGGACUCGGUGCGGCGGUGCAGCUUGGCAUUCAGGACCUGGAACUGGAGACCGAUGCGAAGCAAGUUGUUGAUGCAAUCAAGGGAAAUGACUUCAGACUUUCCUUGGUUGGAGGCCUCGUGCAUGAAGUGAAGGAGUUGUUAGCUGAAAAUUUUACGCAGGCCUUAGUUCUCUAUGCCCCACGUGAUUGUAAUCGAGUUGCUCAUGAAUUAGCUGCUCUAGGUAGCAAGUGUGAAGAGGCUCAGCCCUCAGUGUUGGCCGGAGUGCCAGAUUGUAUCAUGUAUUUAGUGUCAGGCGAUUUAGCCGAUGUGGUUGAUUAA